CAGUACUCGAUGUUAUUUAUUCGCCGCGCGAGCCGCCGGCCGGAGGUCGCUCGUGGAGUGUUGCGGGGCCGGCUUCCCCCGUCCCGUGUUGAUAUCGUAUCCGCCGGUGUUCUAAGUGAUUAUUAUGAGCGACAGGGACAGGUCGUCACCCUCCCUCACGGACACCCCGCUGAAGACGUACAUAGGCCGGCACGACGACGACUACCCAUUGAUAAACGGAAACGAUUUCCUAAGUCACGGGGCUAGUUUCAACAAAAAAUACGGCAAAUCGGUGAACAGUAAAGAUGUGCUGGAGGACAAGAAGGAUGACAGCGAACUGUGGGAAGCUCAAGCCGCUUUCCUCGGGCCAAACCUUUGGGACAAGACCCUGCCCUACGACCCCGACCUCAAGGUACAAGAAUAUGUGGACCUAGACGAGUUCCUGUCGGAGAAUGGCAUGCCGGGCGAGGGUUUGGGCGGCGCGCACUUGGGCGGCACGGCCUUCGGCUCCGGCGCGGGCCUGACGCUGGGCCUCCAGGCGCCUGUCACCAAGCGCGAACGCUCACCCUCGCCAUCAGACUGCAUGAGCCCUGACACCAUCAACCCACCACUGUCGCCCGCCGAUUCUAGUGAGUAUUCAUUUUCUAUGGCGUCAUCAGGCCGUGACUUCGAUCCACGGACGCGUGCUUUCUCCGACGAGGAGUUGAAGCCGCAGCCCAUGAUCAAGAAGUCCAGGAAACAGACAGGUCCGGGUAAUACCUGUGUCGCUGCGAGUGACCAGACCUAUUCUGUAACCUCAAGUGAAUUCAAGUUUGUGCCGGACGACCUGAAAGAUGACAAGUACUGGGCCCGCCGACGGAAGAACAACAUGGCCGCCAAGAGGUCACGUGACGCUCGCCGCAUGAAGGAGAACCAGAUCGCCCUGCGGGCUGGUUAUCUCGAGAAAGAGAACAUGGGUUUGCGGCAAGAAGUUGAGCUACUGAAGAAGGAAAAUCACAUCUUGCGCGAGAAACUGUCGAAAUACGCCGAUGUGUAGGUCGCCGCCUGCACAGCACAAACGCCACAUGACAUGUCGCGGGCUUCGUCGCGCGUCGCGCAGACUCGGGGCCGUACGCUCCACUAUAUACUUUAAAUGCUUUCAAAUAUUUGGUUUUAUGUACUUUACUGACUAAUUUUAUUGUUAGCUAUAUAUGGAACUUUUGCUGUGACAAUGGUCCGCCCUUUACCCCCGAAAACUCAUCCGAUUUCCACUCGUCUAAAGAAAUCGAUUUGCUUACAUCGUUCCCUACACCGGAAUACAUCUACGUCUGUUAAGAUAAUAAGUGUAUUAAAACCGUAUAUAAGUGUUUUAAAUGAUGUUAAUUAUAGAUAAAAUCAAUGUUAAAUGUCAACAGUGUUAUAAUAUAUGUCGUGGUUAAUUUGACUCGUUAGCGGAACGCUUCGGCGAAUCGAUGUUGUUACAAACUCUGUGUUUCUAUCCGUUUAUAAUAGUAGUAAUCGAUAUGCAGUUACCGUAAGUUAAUCUACCUAGUUUAAGUCAAUCUACCAAAGUUUCGCUCGAACUCUGAUCUAUCGUCGUCUCUAAUUCCUCAUUCGGACUCAGUUCGACACUAUACAGGGUUAGUCAACGACGUACGGACCAAAUUUUAUGGGAAAUCAUUAUUUAAAGAAGAAUGUUUGUGUGUCCUCGUCCCGAGUGUGCGUGGCGCCGCGCCCGCUGCCCGUCCGCCCCGCUCGCCCGCCCCGGGCGAGUCGGCCGCUCGGGCGAAUCGGCCGCCCGGGCGAGUCGGCGGGCGGGCGCGGGCGGUCGUCCGAGUUAUAUUGUUGAAUAUUUAAUAUUUAUACGUUGUAUCAGCACCGGUCGCGCGUGCCGCCCCCUGGUGCACCGCGCGCUAGUUUGCUCAAUCGGCUCGCGUACGCAUGCGCAAGUGUAGUGACUGCGUCUGUAUAUAGGUAGUUUUAAUAGGCUCGGGAGGGGCCCCGGAGCGCGGCCGCCGAUCACCGCCGACCCUCCGUCCCCACUCGGAUGAGUGCAGCGCCCGUCCGCGUCCGGGGCGCACGUCUCCCCCCGUAGACCGCUUCGUAGUGCGCUCCUCUGAGAUUAGCCUGCGCGCUGGCCCGGCCGCUCCGGCCUCGCGCGCGCCCUCUGUCGUUUCCGUAGUGAGCGAACGUUAGUUUUGGUUUAAAUUUUACUUAGAAAAUAGUUUAAGUAGUACGUAGAUUCCGUAGCGUAGUCGUUAUUAGUCUAUUUUUGUUAUGGCUGUAGUUGUUAACGUUUUUAAAAGUUUAUAUUAUUUUUUUUUAGUUAUAAAGAAUGUCGCGUUAACGCAUAGACCGCGUCUGUUCGGGUAGGAGCCGCGCACAGAGACGGACGCUGGGAGGGCGGCGCGCGCGCAGCUCGUCCCGCGCCCGUACGGCUCGCCCCGCUCCCGUGCGGCUCGUCCCGCGCCCGUGCGGCUCGUCCCGCCCUGAGGCCGCCGGGCUGCGCGCGCGCCGCGGCUCGCCCGCGCGGCCGCGUCCCUACGCACUGACUGUCUGGUUCAUCUCCUCUUUUGACUCGUGCUAAUGUUAUAAUAUAUUUUUGUAGGUUUUUGUCGUUGAUAAAUGAGUCAAUUGAAUGUUUAUUGAAUUGAAAAUAAAAAAAUUUAAUGUAUAUGAAGUAAGACUAAGAAGUUGUUGCAUUUGAAAGUAUUUUAUGGAUACAAAGCGAGAACAAUAAAAUGUUUUUUCUAUAAAGGUUUACAUGUGAGGGCUUCUGUAAAGAUGUUACGGUUCAACUUUUAAAUGCACUGUUUCAUAUCAAAUGAUAUUAUAUGUAACUUUAAUGUUAAUGGCCGCACAGGCGGCGUUUGAUAUUCCAUCUUGUUUGUUAAAAUGUAUACAUGGAACACAAUAUCAUAUAUAUGGUACUUAUACUGUUUACAUAAAUGUUUCAUCGAAAUUGUACUAAGCGUGUGUAUAACGUGUACGCUGUAAGAUGUAAGAUGUAUCGAGUGCCACCGCGCCGCGGGCCGCGGGCGCUCCGCCCUAUUUAUUUAUUUAUAAUUUACCUUUUGGAGACUUAUUUCGCCUUGGAUGUGGACUCGAGCACUGCAACAACGUAAACCAUAUGAUGUAAGAGUAGUAUUCCGUUUUGGUUUUUAUUUAUACGGUUCAGGAUUGAAGAAAUAAAAGUUAAUUGUUGUAAAUGUUUAUUUAUUUGCCCGGUGACGGGAGCGCCUUGGCACCUAGUGCCGCUGUUCUAGUUGCUCAUACGUCCUCGUACGCUGUUUUAUGUAAUAAAUCAUGGUAAAAGUACCUUGCACAAA